AUGGACUUCUCGCACUUCGAAUCCCCUAGCCAUGUCGCCCGCGCAGCUUCUCCUUCAAGUCCCGAUGACUCUGGACAUCUCGUCGCAGAGCACCAGGUGUCCAAACAUAUCGGCGCUCUCCCGAUUGUUCUUAUCACGAUCGGCACUUGCAUCUUCAUAGGCGUUCUGGCGAUGGUCAUAUACCCUGCCGUGUGCGAACGCCUCUUUGGCCGCCCAAGUCCCGUUCGCUCUCGUCGUGAGACUGCGUCGCUUUGGCACUCACCGGCGUAUGUCAACUGGGGCACCACGCCGUUCUUUAGACGCCCGACGAAAGAAUCAGAUCUCUCGCCAUCCCAACCUACCUGGCCGCACCGCAAGACCAAGUCUUUGGACAUGUCCUCGCGCGCAUCUUCGACCUUGUUCGCCGCUGGCUUGGCUACCUCUCUAUCUGAGAAGAACAUUCUGCCCUCGGCGUUGUACUCGGACAUGACAGAUAGCCGACUCUACGGUCACGCCAGUGCUCGGCCGGACUCAGCUUUCCAACUAGACUUGGGCUCUAUAUUCAUGGCUACCUUCCAACAACGGUUCUCAGUCGGUAACGAAUCCGCGGACUCGAAGGGAUCAACUCGAGGCAUCGCUCCCGCCAGCCUCCCAUACUCCCCUAGAUCAGAGACCUGGAGGAACUCUGUAGCCACGGCCGACAUCAGGACCCUCUACUCGCAACGCUUCUCGCGCGACAGCGUCUACAGCCAAGAUGCGCCUGGCGCUCCAGCUUCUACGGAUGACUCGGACGCCUCUGGACUUGCCGCACCUACUUUCACCGAUCCCGACAACAACCGCAACAGCUCCAUCCGGUACUCAACGGAAAGCUUUCUGACCGUCCCCGGAUGGCAUAUCCUGCGUCAGGCGACGGUGGUCGACGACCCUGAAGCGCAGCAGGCCUCGGUCUACUUCUAA